UGGCAGGUUUCGGACGAUCUGUGGGCUUGUGUACGCCGAACUUCGUCGGCGUUUGGUGUUAAUGUCGUGUGAGCCGCGCAUGCGUUUGCAACUCGUUGAAUGGACCGUGAGUGAGUCGCUGCCAGUGAAUGAAAAAAGUUGAAUUUUGCGAAAAACGCACGCGAAUUUCACUUCCAGUGGUUUGAGCGAGGAAAAGCAAAGUGUUGCCUUAGGUAAGCAAUAAGCAACGACACUAUCAGUUCGCGUGUGUUUUGGGGGUGCGUAGUGCGUCUGUGGGUUGUACGAAAAAUUGUGUAAAAGGAUUCGUGAGUCACGUGCAAGUGUCUGCGAGCAGGAUUUGAAGUGGAGUGGAAUCGCGUUGUCUCUUCAGCCGUGUGAACUGUUCACGAUUCGUGUAAACUGAAACCAAAAGGAUGCUUGGACGCUCCGUGAUCAAUUUCAAUCUGAUUCAAGUGUAGAAUUUCGUGAAGCGUGAAGUCUCGUGAGUCGUAUUUCAGUGCAACGUUCCUGGACGAAACGUAAUACCAAUCGACGGCAGGAUAUAAAUAACAUUUUAUCACCGCUGAGAAAUCUUAAGGAGACAUUGGGCACCCUAAAUUGGUCGUUAUCAGUGCAAGGAUCUCAUUGGGACCUCUUCGAGCCUUGCAGGUCUUCUUGUCGCUGCGUCAUCAGCCCAAUCUCACAUUCUCGAUAUAAAUUAACUCUGACAUUGUCACGGCUGUUUCGUCCGAUGUUUCUUUAUUUUUUAUGACUCUCCUUGGGCUCGGUUGCCGUGGAAGGUUGCUCCUAACUUACUUCCCAACCUGAACGUUUGUGUUCUGAUUUUUUUGUCAAAAUUCCUUUUGGACCUGAUUUCGGCCACUGCCACAUGGACUGACAUGUUUUCGGGUCUGGAUGUUGCGUGGUCCAGAUAAGAUUGAGUUGUGCUGUUAAAGUAGAUCGCGACAUCUCAAUCCCUGUCUCGGGGAGGCGAUAAAUUAAUGAUUGGACCUCCGAACUGACAAAAUUAUCUAUCGUUUACUGGGCGAAUUGGGACGAGAUUUUCGGGUCAGACGAGAGUUACAAGGAGCAAGUUUGAAGAGGGUAUCAAUUCGACAUUGACGUCUUUAUCCUUGAAUUCUUGAAUAUUUGAUUUGUAAAAUUGUUGUGGAGUUUGUGUGUGACAAGUGAAAUUGUGGAUUGUGCAAGAAGGAGUGUGCUAGUGAGUAGUUUGUAACAUUGAAAGUGUGAUAAUAUCAAGGAUAAUCGAGCAACAACAAGAAGCAAGGAUUUUCCAGCAACAACAUCAGCAACAGUUGCAGCCACCGCAGCCGCAACAAGGAGUGCCAUUGGCGAAUAUCUGCGGACCUGUACAACAGACGCACAUGGGCGUCUGUACUGAAGAGCGCCCUGUGAUGCAUUGGCAGCAGAGCGCAAGAUUCUUGGGACCAGCCAGAGAACGUAGUCCAACACUACCGGGUGCACUGAAUCAACAAUGUUCAGGUGUAAAUAACAAUCAUCCACUGAAUCGUCUGUGCUCCUCGUGCCCGGAUUCAUGUGAUCAUGCCACGACAAAAACAUUUGGCGCAAGUCCAAUCUUCAAUGAUUCAUGUCGAAGGUACAUCACGAAAUUAAUCGAACAUGCUAAUAAACAUUACCCUACCACUACUAGCCUCCAACCAGAACGGACUCACUCAUCACAUGAUGGUACUAAUAUUUACAGCUAUGAUGCCUCCGAUCGUACAAAUGUUUUUGAUGAAUCCUCGAUAAAUUACUCGGACUUGAGUCGAGGAGCUGCAGAUUGCACCGAGCUAGUGGGUAGUAUACAUUCCGGUAUUCCGCUCAAGACGGAACCCUGCGGGCCGCCAAGUAGUCCUGAAUCGUCUCCGGACACGUUACCAGGACCGGAUGAUUGUGCGGGAUGCGGACGACUGAUACAGGAUCGAUUCUAUUUGUCCGCGGUGGAAAAACGCUGGCAUGCCGGAUGCCUGCAAUGUUGCAUAUGUCGGCAACCACUAGAUAGAGAAACCUCAUGCUUUUCCAGGGAUGGUAAUAUUUAUUGCAAAGGCGAUUACUACAGAGUUUUCGGUACCAGAAGGUGUUCACGAUGUCUGGCCUCAAUAAGUUCCUCAGAGUUAGUUAUGCGUGCUCGACACUUAGUUUUCCAUUUAGGCUGUUUUUCAUGUACCAUUUGCAAUUCACCGUUAACGAAAGGUGAUCAGUUUGGUAUUAGAGAUUCAUCAGUGUUUUGUAGAUUACAUUAUGAAAUAGCAUUAGAAUCACAAGCAACUCCUUCUACGCCACUACCAAAUUCUUGUUCAUAUGUGACUCCAUUCGGUACAUCGCCAAAUAAUCCAUCGAGUCCUGUGGAUCCAUCGAAAAUGGUUCCUGCCGGAUUUUAUGUACCUCCAGCUAUUAUGACCGGAUUACCUCAAGCGCCACGACAAAAGGGACGACCAAGGAAGAGAAAACCCAAGGAUCUUGAAACAUUGACAGCUAAUAUUGACCUCAAUGCCGAGUAUUUGGAUUUUGGCCGUGGUGGUCACCUGAGUGCCUCGUCGAGAACGAAACGAAUGCGUACGUCAUUCAAACAUCACCAGCUUAGAACAAUGAAGUCCUAUUUUUCGAUUAAUCACAAUCCAGAUGCCAAGGAUCUCAAGCAGCUCUCCCAGAAGACCGGAUUGCCAAAAAGAGUGUUACAGGUGUGGUUCCAGAACGCUCGAGCCAAGUGGCGUCGGAUGAUGAUGAAGCAGGACGGGAAAAGUGGCAGCGACAAGAGCGAAGGACCUCUCGACCUAGACAGCUACAGUGCUCAUAGUCCUCCAUUCAUGCUGGGCGGCCCACCCAGCCCCCAUUCGAUAGAAUAAUUUCCUCCAAGAAAACACAUGAAAACAUGAUUUAGGAAAAGAUAAUCUUAAGAGCAUCCAUAAAGACAUCUCGUGAUUUUUUUCUGGAUAGGGACGAAAAGGUAUUCUAAACAAAACACUGAACGACACCGUUUCGGGGGAGGAGUUUUCAUUUAAGGAAAGUACCAGUGAAUUCGAUUGUGUUUAAAAAACAUCACAUGUAAAGUUUCUAGAUAAAAUUAAAGAUAAACAAUAAAAUAAUGAUUAAAGAUAGUCUAAACGCAGCGUGAAUAUCCAAUCUAAAGAACAGACAGAAUCUACUUAACCGAGUGAAUAAAAAGAUCCUACUAAAUCUUAAGAUUUUUAGUUCGUUGAGCUGAUAAUUUAGCGGUAGAUGAAUAGAGUGUAGUUACGUGAAGAUUAUAUUAUAUAAAACGGUAAACGGAUAAAUCGAAAGCCCGAAUGAAACUUCUAUGACAGUUUGCAAUUAAUAUUUUCAAACGAAGAGCGCAAUAUAUGCUGAAACCAUUAUUACGACCCUCAAACUAAACGAGGAUCUAACAGAAAAGGUAAAACCAAUAAAAGAUUCAUUUCCAAUCCAUCUUUGUUCAGUCUCAACAUGUAAUUCGAUUUGAUUCCUUCUCUCUUUAGCCUUUUAAGUUAUUUAUAUUAGUUGUAAUAUUUACAUUUGUACUUAUGUAUUUUAUUUAUAAAGAAAAGAAUGGAAAAUUACAUUAGAAAAUAAUAAUUUCGAAGC